AUGGGAAGUAGUGCUUCAUCUAGAAUUAAUGAGUUUUAAAAAAUCGAGGGCGAUCUUAAAUUGACCACUCUGCCUGAAUUAGACAAAGUAUAUCGACACUUAUACCAUAGCUUUUAAUUGUUGCUUAAGACCUUCUUAAAUAUACUGAGCAACUUCGACAAAGGAUUGUAUCUUAUCAUGACUUAAUGAUGAGGAUAGUCAAAUUGCAGUCUUACAAAAAUGUCACUUUGGUUGAUGCCUUCAAAAUAUGGUAUUUGUGUUCUCUUGUGUGCAACGAUUCAAAAGGGGACAGUGUUAAAUUCGAAUGCAAAAUUGAAAACUUUGAUUAGGAGUUCGCUUCGGAAAGUCUUAAGAAACUAAUGAAUUUUGUAUGGAUUCUUAUUUAUACUUAGGGCAGUGUAGUGGCCUUUGCAAUUGAAGACAAAUUUGUUUAAGAUGAGAAAGAGUAACUGAUAAUUUGUGAUACAGGAAUUUGUGGAGAUUUUAAAUUGCAAUUGUGGCCAUUCAUCUGCUCCUCUUUCUUAAGUUAUUUGAGAUCCGCUUACAGAUUGGCACCAUUUUUAGAAGAGAAAAUUAAUAGCCAAAUUAAUUUGAUCAGGAAAUACUUGGAUGUACACAAAGCAGACAAAUUGACUAAAUCUAUCAAUUAACAGACCUUGACUCGUCUUUGCGAACAAUUGAAAUAUUUUGGCCAACUUGUGGAUAGGUAUCACUAAGAAGUCAAAACAUUCACCAAAAAAUAUAAGGAAAUCAUGGCUGAAUUGCAUCCCUUAAGUUAGGAAGUGUUGAGGCAAGAAGGAAAUCAAAAUUACAUCUUCAAUGACGAGUAAUCAAUUUUAAUUAUUUUUUUAUAGGAGAACCAUCCUAAAAUCUAAAAUAUAGGACAUAGUGAGAAAAUAUGCACCUGAGUAUGAACCCAAAGAAAAUUCCUUAAUGCAACAUGAAAUCAGGUUGAAAGAGUAGAGAAGGAAAGUAAAACCAAAAACAAAAUUGGAAAGAAGAAGAACUGAAUAAGCAGCUCUCACAUUCCCAACCACUUAUCAUUGGGUGGGUCAUGAAUACUUUGAUACUUUCUUCUCAGCCUAAUCAUUGACUUUGUCUGAAUUGGAGGAUUGUCGUGCUCAAGGAGAAGAGGCGAGAAAAAAGUUAUUUAAGAUCACUGGUGUCAAUUAAUGGAGAGAGAAUACUAUUAAAAGUGUUUUUGAAUGUCUCACUUGGAUGUUGUCUGCUGAAUUGAAUAAAAAUCUUAAAAAUUCAGAAUUGAAAUUACUUAAAGAGGAGCCUUGGAUUCAUUUUAUCGGAUAAAAAAAACACAAAUUUAAUGAUCUUUCAAAAGAAAUAGUAACUCAUCUAAAAGUAUGGUUGAAAUAUUUCAGUCCAAUCAGAUAUUAAAGAAUCUGUAAUUAUUAGUAUAAUUUUAUAAAUAUCAUAAUUUUAGUUAGGAUUUUUUAAAAAGAUAAAGAGAACUUCAAAAGAAUAAAUUCGAAUUUCAUCAUUUAAUUAGAGAUCUCCCUCCAUAGAACUAAUAUAAUGCGCUUUCAAGCUUCACUAAAAAUAUUAGAGUGAAUGAAACCUAUAUAAGCAAAAUUGAAAAACUUUUUGAAAUGACAAUAGAAAACAAUGGGAAAAUGGGUGAAGAUUUGUAUGACAACUGGUAGGAAAUCGUUGAUCAAGCUGAUUCAAUUAAAUAUUAAUUAGGAACUCCAUUUAAUGAAUUCAUUAAAGAAUUCAGACCUAAUACUUUGGCUGAAGUAGAUCAAUUACAAAUUAGAAAAGCAGAGAGAAAAUAAACCAAGCUAUCGAUUGCCUGUAUUGAAAUUUGA